AUGUUUCAUUUAUAAUUAAAACCUACAAAACUUGAAAUAUCUCCAAGAGAAGAAUAGGCUUUACCUGUUUAAGAGAAAAAAAUUAGUACUAAAAAUUACUAUGAUGUUAAAUAUGAAGUUUUAAGAUAAAAUAAAGCAUUGGCAUUAACAUCUGCAUUGAGUAAGAUGUUUAAUAGAAGAAUAAAAAGAUUUUUUGGUAGAAUUAAUAAUUCAGAACAAGAAAAUACUAGAUUUUUAGAUUACCCUUAAGUUGUUUAUUUAUCAAGUUUAUUUUAUUCUAUAAAAAAAGUUUUAGAAUAAAAUAAACAAAAAAGAUAUCGACAAUAACAAAAGAAAUUAAUGAGUUUAGCUUUUUAAGGUUUAAAACUGUUAAAAUAUAUAAAAUAGAAAGAAGCCAAAAAAGUUAAUAAAGGAUAUUAAAUACUUUAAAAAAUAUAUUUUAAAAGAUUAGUUGAAGGAAUAAGAAGUAUGAAACAUUUAUUAUAACCUCGAUUGAAAAAAGUUAAAAUAUAACUUUUCAAAUUAUCAUUAAAAGAAGCUCCUUUUUAAAAGAGUUAGUAAACAAUAAAAUUUAGAAAUUAUAAUGAUGAAAAUAAUGAAAAUCUAAAAUUAUGUAGUGCCUUUUAGUUUUGA